UUUCCAACGGCUAGACACAGGCUAUAAGAACAUGGGCGAUGGCUCCAGGAAACCAACCGUCCCACAAUGCAAAGGCCGUCCGUGACGCCAUUAGACGAGCGCCGGCAGCGCGGCGAGCGGGGAGCGCCGUGGUCGCCGCCGCCUCCCACCCUGCCGCCUCCGUCGCCGCCGCCUCCGUGGGGCCCUCCGUGUCUGCGCAGCUCGGCCCGGGGCUCCCGAAGGAGCAGCGGAGCGCGGGGCCCGGCGCGGGCGCGGGGUGCGGCCAUGGCGGACGGUGCGGGUGCUGGCGCGGCGGGCCAGGCCUCGGGACCGGCGGGGGGCUCGAGUGGGGCGGGCGGCCCCGUCAAUCCUGCUUCGCUGCCUCCGGGAGACCCGCAGCUCAUCGCUCUCAUAGUGGAGCAGCUCAAGAGCCGUGGGCUGUUUGACAGCUUCCGCCGGGACUGCCUGGCCGACGUGGACACUAAGCCAGCUUACCAGAACCUGAGGCAGAAGGUGGAUAAUUUUGUGUCAACACAUCUGGACAAACAGGAAUGGAAUCCUGCAAUGAACAAGAACCAGUUGCGAAAUGGGCUGAGGCAGAGCGUGGUUCAGUCAGGCAUGUUGGAAGCAGGAGUGGACAGGAUCAUUUCUCAAGUGGUAGACCCCAAACUAAACCACAUCUUCAGGCCACAGAUAGAGCGAGCAAUCCAUGAGUUCCUGGCCGCCCAGAAAAAAGAAGCUGUGCCAGCUCCCCCUCCAGAACCUGAAAGCCAGGAUCCUCCAGCGCCAUCCCAGGAUGCUUCCUAAGGUGAUGGACUCCACCUGGAAAGAGCCAAACAAGACAUGUUCCUGGUUCUUACUGGAGUGUUCUUUCUCUAGAAAUGAGGGCUGGAGGUGGGAAAUUCCCCCAGAGAGGAUGCCGGAGUAGAUGGUGGCACCAAGCACUUUGCAAGCACCCAUUCCCUUGACCCUCAAAGCCAGCACUCUGACAGCAAGGGUCCUGGACUUAAAUAACAUAUCCUGGUUUCUCACUCUUCAGUGGCUGUGCUGCAGGUAUGCGCGUGCGUGUGCACCCAUAUAGACAUGGAGGCCGGAGGAAAGCCCUGGGUGUCCUUCCUCGGGCACCGUCCACCUUGGAUUUUUGAGACAGUGUCUUUCACAGGUCUGGAGCUUGACAAGUAGGCUCUGCUGGCAAGCAGGCCCUAGGAACCCUCUUAACUCCCCUCUCUCCUCAGCACUAAGAUUAGGAGCACACGCCUAACAUUUUUAAAACAAAUGUUCAUUCUGGAGGCUGAUCUACUUCAUCAGCCCCCAUUGGCACAAAUUCACAUUUUAUUUUAUAGUUGAAAUUGGCAACAGGGCUCUGUCAUGAACACAGCAGGGGCUAUCCCCAGGAAGAACUGGCACAAAGUAGAGCUUUGAGUCCCUACUGUUGCGGGGGAGGGCACCUAAAGCCAGAGCUGUGAACUUUGUGUGAUGCUGGAGAAAAGCACACAGCAGCUUCUGUGAUGCCCUGGAACGAAGAUUAAAAAACCCGGACCAAGCAGCGGGAGUUAGAGGAAGCCACUCCCAGGAGAGAGCUCUGGGUGUGGGUGUGGAGCAGCCUCCCAUGAGGACAGAGGAAGGCCUAUAGGCCUGGCCUGGGGACCCAGCAGAGACCAAGGGCGGCACUGGACCCCCUUAAUUAUUCCACCCCCAACUCAUGCUUCCUGUGCAAAGGCCCCAGUGGCACUGACGGUCAACACUGCCUGUGGAUGGUUCAUUCUCAAAAUUGACAUAGUGUAACAAAACCACUUCCAGCAUGAAAGGGAGGUGUCCUCAUUGAGGGUCUUCUGAAAUAAACAGCUUGUUUCUCAUGAGGGCCAUUGAGAUGGAAGAGGAAACCCCAGAAACGUGUGCUCACUUGAAAGGCAUGUGAUGGGAUGGUUACAGAGACAGGAACAGGCAGGUGUUGGUCCCUGAGGAAAGGAAGGAGAGGGAAGAUGAGACAGGAAGUUGGAGCUAGGGAAGAAAUCUGGGCCAAGACGGGGCUUUGUGGAGAGAGACAACUGCAAGGUGGCCAGACAGAAUCAGACACAUCCGUGUAAAAGGGAAUCUUUAGAUGUUCAUUGUGCAGGCCACAGUGCUCCUCCAGCUUCUCAGUCUGUUCAUGGGUGACAGGAUGGUGUAUGAGUGCUUAGGGGGAACCCAGUCCUAAUCGACCCUCCUGCCAUGUGUUAUUCUGAGUUCUUUGUGCUCCCAAAAAUUCUGCCAGGUAAGUUCCAUUUUUCCAGGAAAGGACAGAGAAUGAGUACACUGCUCAGUGCUCAUGUGGGGGGCGUGGAAGGAGGGAGCACAUGGCAACACCGCAACCAGAACCCAGGCAAUCCUGGCUACACCUACACAAAAGGACCCUGCUCAGGCCACACAAGAACAUUCAUCUGAACCCUGUACCUCUCAUCCCCAGAUGCCCAAGACCUCAGAUUCCCAGCUCAAGCAGGGCCACAGUAUCCCAGAUAGAAAUUGUGGGAAGGAGACCCCUCUAAUCCCAGCAUGCUCAGGAGGCAGAGGCAGGUGGAUCUUUGUGACUUUGAGGUCAGAUUGGUCUACGGAGUGAGUUUCAGGACAGCCAUGGCUGUUUUGAGAAACCCUAUUAAAAAAAUUGACACAAGAGCCUUAGCUCUAGCCACCUCGGCAGAGGGCUAUAGCCAGCAUGGCUUGAACAGCUGGAAUUUAAUUUAUCAGUGUCAUGAUAUGGUUUGAAUGUGAAAUGCCCCUCACUGGCUGGUCUGUUUGAACACUUGGGUCCUAGGUAAUGGUGCUGUUUGGGACGACGGUGGAACCUUUAGGAGGUGGAGCCUCAUUGGAGGAAGGACAUCUCUGGAGGAGAGUCUUAAGGCUGUAUAGUGAACCUCGAUUCCUGCUGGCUCUGCUUCCUGCCUUGCUAUACUAUAGCUACCUGCCAGCUCCUUCUAUAGACCAAAGCCUCCUCCAUUUCUAAUUCCUUCCAUAAAUGUGGAUUCCCGAUAUAGCCACAUGCAGGCCUAGGCUCACAACAUAGGAAUUUCGAAGGGACAUAAACCUUCAUUUGUGACACCUGCCAAACCAAACAGAAGUCCAGGUGUGAAGGAUUCAUGUUCAACUGCUACAUUGGUUGAAUGACUGUGGAGUCAUAGCUGAGGACAGAAACUGCCUAGCUAGGGACACUGAACACGAAUCAAAGGAAGCAACUUUAGAUGUGGGGCCUCGAUAGUCUUUGGAUAAGCUCAGAGCAUCAAGAGCCUGCUAAAGAGGCUUGCUACCAUGUCUUCAGAACUGUGCACUGCCUGGUGUUCAACAUGGCUACCUGAUGGUGCAGAAGAAACAAUAGCAGCAAAGAUAUUGGCUUGAUUACAUCUGGUAUUUAUUAAACAGGACUAAAGGCUCUCCUGAGUUUUGGAAACAAUUUAAAGCAGAAUAAUAGUGUUGGUGUGGAAGACGUGACUCAGCCUGAGGUGACUUAGGAGAAAAGGAUGUGGCCAGGUUCCUGUGCCAAGAUAUUGGUGUGAUUUCCAUGCGAAAUGAACAAGGCGUUACCAUCUUCUCACAAAAUCAAUUGCUUCAGACAUAUUCUUUUGUUGUUUCUGUUUGUUCAUUUGAGGCAGGUCUAGGUUGGUGCAGAAUUUAUAUUCCUCCAGCGUCUGUCUCCUGGACCCUCAGACUACAGGUGCGCAGUACUAUACUGUGAAAUCCAAGGGAAGCUCAUUGCCCAAAGACAACUGGCAGGAAAUCACAAUGGUUGGUAUCAUGGGAAAUGGACUACCACCUAAAAACCAGUCUGGUUUCAGGAGAUUUCUGAUGUUUUAAAGAGCAGUAGGAAUGUGAACAGUUUAGUGUUUUAAGAAUCAUGGUCCUUGUCUGAAGAGGAAAUGUAUUUGUCUAGACUCAAUACUUUUCACAAGCUGCCAUUUUGGGGGCAUCUUGUGAACACUGUGUCACCUUAGCUUGCAGUUAGAGGAACCUGGUGGGCACAGCCUACAGUAAAUUGUCCAAGUCUGUAUACAAAGUCAGUGGUAGAUCUAGAAUUGCAGCCAGGGACUGUCUGACCGUAAAGCCCAAAGUUGCAUUCACACUUGAGUCUAUCUGGAGAGAGCCUGAUGAAAGGAGAAGAGGGCGCCAUGGUCGGCUAACAGCGGCCACUUAGGAGACAGUGGCUCUCAGAGGCACCUUCCUGUGCUCAGCGUGAGUUUGGAAAUGCAGGAAUCUCACUUGGCCACCAGAGGGUAUUUCCUGACCAGUUUGAACGCAUGAGACAGGGCGUGUGACCUCAGCAAGCGACUUUCCCUUGGGCCUCUGCACCUCAAAAUGGCUUAAGAACACAAGAUCCCAGAAUGCAGUGUCCCUGCUGCCUUGUGUGUGGGGUGUGUGGGGCGGAACUCCUGGUUGGAUGUGUUGUGGUAUGAUGCCAGGAAGUCUUCCUUCUGGUAACAAACGACCUGGCAAGACAUGGACUCCAUUGCCAGGGGCUGCAAGGCCUGCAGGUCUCUCACGGAACCAGAACCAUCCCUGCAAGCCAUCUCCAUUACCAAAGGGACAGUGGGCCACUUUAGUGCCUGCCGAGCUUCUUGGGGGUCGGGACAGACUUUGACUUUAGCACUGUUUUAGUGAAUGGCCAGCAUUCUCCAUAAAAAUAACUUUUGUGCUCUAGAGCCAGAUCUUGUUUUUUCCAAACUGCAUCUGCCUCUCAUUGAAGAGCCCCACCUAUGAGUUUUCCUCUCAUCACUCAGUGGAAAAAUUCCUGGUGGCUUUGCCCCAGAGCUGCGACCCAUUCAUAUAUCCCAAGGGCCCUAUUUCUCCUGACCAGGUGGUGCUGGGGCCUCGGCGCAUGGCUCAUCACUGGGCCAGUCUUUCAAAGGACACAAGAAAGGAGCACCCCCAGGAAAGACUAUUUUCUUGUGGUUUUGUAACUGACAUUUUUUUUUAAUAGUCUGUUUGGAGAAAAAGUGAAAUCUUUUCCAUUAUUGUUUGAAAGACUCACCAGUACACCAUUCAGGAUUCCAGCCCAUUUCAGCCGGGACUCCUGACUCAGUUGAGACAGCCUGGGGCAGGGAAGUUGGCAGCCACCGCCCUAGAUUCAGGGAAGCAGACUCCACAGGACCAGGGUUUGUAAAACUUUUCCCUCGGCUUUGGACUGCCCUAUCAUUAUUUUAAAUGUUUUGUUGUUGUUGUUGUUUUGUUUUGUUUAUCUGUUUGUUUUAUCUGUAGAUCAGGUUGGCCUUGAUCUUACUAUAUAGCCGAGGCUAGCUUUGAACUCUGGAUCUUCCUGCCCCCACUUCCCAAGUGUUGGGAUUACAGACGUAUUUGGUCAUGUCUGGCUACUUUGGACUUGUCAUUUAGAUUUCCUGGUAUUGUUCUUUGAUGAAAGAAGUUGGGGUUUUGUUUGUUUUUUUUUUUUUUUUGGUUUUGUUUUGUUUUUGCUUGUUUUAUUGAGGGUGUCUUCAUUCUGUUGCUUUACUUUUGCUGCAGCCUAAUUCACUCCAGAAACACACAUGUACACCUAUGUACGCUAGGAUUUUUAUAGUUUUAGCUCCCCAUCCAUCCCCCAUGCCCCAGGUUUCUCUGCCUUUGCUCCAUUUUGAAUUCUUCUUUAUAGGUGGCUUGAGGUAAGGACCCAGCUGCGUUCUUUCAUGUGUGGAUAGCCAGCUGUCCUGACACUACUUGCCAUAAAGAGUAUGCUGCACUGAACUGGCCUGCCACCCUUGCUUGAGUGCCCCUGGCUGCAAAGCUAAGUGUCUGACCCCUUUGAUCUGUCUUUUUAUUCUUAGGAAUGUCACACUGUCAUGACUACAAUAAGAAAAAAAAUUCCUUUUCAAUCAGGAAGAGCACGUGUUCCAACAUUGUUUGUUAGCUUCAGGGCCUCCGAAGCCCGUGAUGUCGCAUAGGCGGGCCUCACAGACCUGUUGUCAGGGGAACAGCUGCCAUAUUCCCAGAA